AUGUGUAUCAGUUCUGACGGCAGUUGCAAGCCUGUUCAAGUGGUCAAGUAUGCAGUGGAGGACUUCGGCGUGGUGUCGUUCUCCGAGUUGCUCACCAUCUGUGCUGCUAGGCAGCGGCGGGCCAAUGCGAAUGACUGCGGAGUGCCGUGUCAGAUGAGGCUGAGCAGCUACUUAAUCACCGGAUGUGCGUUGGUGGAAUACCUGGAUACCCAGCUGCAUGCCAGGAUUGCCGAUUCUGAUGUGCCUGGAGACGCCGGCGAUUUGGCUGCCUUCAAAUCGUCGUAUAGAAGACGGCAUUUGCGUUGUGAAAUCGCAGUGAAUGUUAUCUGCAAGUGGAUGAUCCAGCUCGUGCUCUAUAUGUCGCUUGCAGCGCAGUGGGUGCUCUCCGUAGUAUCCAUGGUCCGUUGCAAGCCCUUGCGCACGACGCUCUACCAACUGACCGUGGUGUCGGUGAUGUCCAAACGCCUCACUGAAAUGAAACAGUGGCAGGAGCGUUACCGUGAGCUCUACUUGCAGGAAGACAUCGUCGACUACCUCGACGCCAGACACAGCCUGCGCCAGAGUGUUUGGUCAUUUGUCAACGAUGUGAUAGCGGGUGUUUUGGAAGUUCUUGUUUACCGAAGAACCGUGGUUUACGCAGUGAACUAUCUGCGUCUGGUGCUUCGGGAGGUUUACGUAUCAAGUUUCAAGUACACGUCAUACCACUUCGCCAUGCGCAUUGGGAAAUAUUGCAAACUAAACAAUGAAGUUGCCGUUUUCGUCUCUAGGCUGCUCCUUAGCGUGCUGGUCGUGUGGCGCUUAAUCAAGCCGAAGAUCCGGGAGAACUUCACCAUCAUCUCGAACAUCUUCCAGUACUCGGCGUUGUUUGGAGUGACGUGCCACACCGCAGUGCUGGUGGACAUACUGACGAUCGAGACCAUGCACGUGGCGUAUGCGCACUGCAUCAUGCUGUACCUUACUAAGUGGAUGCAGCGCUACCUCUACUCGCUGCUGCAGCUUUUCAAGGGCAAGAAGUGGAACGUGCUGAAACAGUCGCUGGACUCGAACAACUAUACGCGAGAGCAGCUGUUCCUGGGCACGGUGAUAUUCACGCUGCUGCUCCUGAUAUAUCCCACGAUUUGGGUGUUCUAUUGUGUGACCCUGCUGGUGUACUUGCCAGUUUUCGUGGCGCGUGCGUUCGGGAAGACCGUCAUCGAGGUCAUGACCAAGUUCCCGUGGUACUUCCUUGCAUACAACACGGUUUUCCCGAGGCGUUACAAGGAGGGGAUCUACUUUGUGGCGCACAAUCACGGUGUUGACAGCAGCCGUAAUGCGGACGUGAAUGGCGCUGCUGCAGAGGCAAGUGCGGCUGGAGAGGAUCUGAGAGUUGCGCCGCCGGGCCUGCUGCUGGAGAUGCGGUGCACGCCCUUCUCGCCCCGCACUGUCGUACAGCCCAUGCUAAAGGCGCUGAAAUCGUGCUGCGGCAGUCUGAACUUUUGGGGCUCCUCUUGA